AUGGGCUCCAUCAGUGCAGCAAAUGCAGAAUUUUGUUUUGAUGUAUUCAAAGAAGUGAAACUUCACCAUCCCAACGACAACAUCUUUUAUUGCCCCUUGAGCAUGAUUGCAGCCUUGGCCAUGGUCUAUCUGGGUGCAAGAAACAACACUGAGUAUCAGAUGGAGAAGGUUCUUCACUUUGACAAAAUUGCAGGACUUGGAAGUAUCCAGACCAAGUGUGGCAAGUCUGUGAAUAUCCACCUACUGUUUAAAGAAAUUCUCUCUGAUAUCACUGCGCCAGAAGCCAAUUAUUCACUGCACAUUGCCAACAGACUCUAUGCUGAGAAGACAAGUCAGGUCCUACCGAUCUACUUAAAAUGUGUGAAGAAACUGUACAGAUCUGGUCUAGAAAUGGUCAACUUCAAAACAGCAUCAAAUCAAGCCAGACAGCGCAUUAAUUCCUGGGUGAAAAAUCAGACAAAUGGACAGAUCCAGGAUUUCCUUGAACCAAGCUCUGUUAAUCCUCAGACUGCGCUGGUCCUUGUGAAUGCCAUUUACUUCAAAGGAAAAUGGAAGACCGCGUUUAAAGAAGAACACACGCAGGAAGUGCCCUUCAAUGUGACAGAGCAAGAGAGCAGAACCGUGCAAAUGAUGUAUCAGAACAGCACCUUCAGAGUGGGAAGAGUGGCUGAAGAUAAAAUUAAGAUCCUGGAGCUUCCCUAUGCCAGCGGAGAGCUGAGCCUGUUGGUGCUGCUGCCUGAUGACAUCUCUGGCCUGGCACAGAUUGAGAACAAAAUCAGCUUUGAAAAACUUGCUGAGUGGACCAGUUCCAAUGUGAUGUUAAAGAAGAAGGUGAAAGUGUACCUCCCACGCAUGAAGAUUGAGGAGAAAUAUAACCUCACAUCUGUCCUGACAUCCUUGGGUAUGACCGACCUGUUCAGCCCCUCGGCCAACCUCUCUGGCAUCUCUUCAGCAGAGGGCCUGAGGGUAUCUGAGGCCAUCCACGAGGCGUACAUGGAAGUCACUGAAGAGGGCACUGAGGAGGCUGGGUCAGCAGAUGACACAGAAGACAUCCAGCCUUCCUCUGAGUUUGAAGAGUUCAGGGCUGACCACCCAUUCCUUUUCUUGAUCAAACACAAUCCAAGCAACCUGAUCCUCUUCUUUGGUAGAUAUUGUUAUCCAUGA